AUGGCGGGUCGGAACAUAGAGAAGAUGGCAUCGAUUGAUGCACAGCUUCGUCAACUUGUUCCUGCUAAAGUUAGCGAAGACGAUAAGCUUAUUGAGUAUGAUGCUCUUCUCCUCGAUCGCUUCCUCGACAUUCUCCAGGAUUUACACGGCGAAGAUCUCCGUGAAUCGGUUCAAGAGCUAUACGAGCUUUCUGCUGCGUAUGAAGGGAAGCGUGAGCCUAAGAUGCUAGAGGAGCUAGGGAGUGUACUAACGAGUUUGGAUCCUGGUGACUCCAUUGUUAUCUCAAAGGCUUUCUCUCACAUGCUUAACUUAGCUAACUUGGCUGAGGAGGUUCAGAUUGCUUACCGUCGUAGGAUCAAGAAGCUUAAGAAGGGUGAUUUCGUUGACGAGAGCUCUGCGACUACUGAAUCUGAUAUCGAAGAGACUUUCAAGAGGCUCGUUACGGAUCUUGGUAAAUCUCCUGAAGAGAUCUUUGAUGCCUUGAAGAAUCAGACUGUGGAUCUUGUUUUGACUGCUCAUCCUACUCAAUCUGUGCGUAGAUCGUUGCUUCAGAAGCAUGGGAGGAUAAGGGACUGUCUUGCUCAAUUGUAUGCAAAGGAUAUUACUCCUGAUGAUAAGCAGGAGCUUGAUGAGUCUCUGCAAAGAGAGAUUCAAGCUGCGUUUCGCACGGAUGAGAUUAGAAGAACACCUCCAACCCCGCAAGAUGAAAUGAGAGCUGGAAUGAGCUAUUUCCACGAGACGAUCUGGAAAGGUGUCCCUAAGUUCUUGCGCCGUAUGGACACGGCUCUGAAAAACAUUGGGAUUGAUGAACGUGUUCCUUACAAUGCCCCAUUGAUUCAGUUCUCUUCGUGGAUGGGCGGUGAUCGUGAUGGUAAUCCGAGGGUCACACCUGAGGUCACUAGAGAUGUGUGCUUGUUGGCUAGAAUGAUGGCUGCCAAUCUCUACUAUAACCAAAUCGAGAAUUUGAUGUUUGAGUUGUCUAUGUGGCGUUGCACUGAUGAGUUUCGUGCGAAGGCUGAUGAAAUCCACAGGAACUCAAGGAAAGAUGCUGCAAAACAUUACAUAGAAUUCUGGAAGACAAUUCCUCCAACUGAGCCAUAUCGUGUGAUUCUUGGUGAUGUGAGGGAUAAACUCUAUCACACACGUGAGCGCUCUCGCCAGUUGCUGAGUAAUGGAAUCUCGGACAUCCCCGAAGAAGCUACUUUCACCAACGUGGAACAGUUCUUGGAACCUCUUGAGCUCUGCUACCGAUCACUAUGUUCAUGUGGUGACCGCCCAAUAGCUGAUGGAAGCCUUCUUGAUUUCUUGAGGCAAGUCUCAACCUUUGGACUCUCUCUUGUGAGACUUGACAUUAGGCAAGAGUCUGAACGCCACACCGAUGUCUUGGAUGCGAUCACCAAGCACUUGGACAUCGGUUCCUCCUAUAGAGACUGGUCUGAAGAAGGUAAACAGGAAUGGCUUCUAGCUGAACUAAGCGGCAAGCGUCCACUUUUCGGACCUGAUCUUCCCAAAACUGAAGAAAUUUCUGAUGUUCUUGACACAUUCAAAGUCAUAUCCGAGCUGCCUUCAGACUGCUUUGGAGCUUACAUUAUCUCUAUGGCAACUUCACCUAGUGAUGUGCUUGCGGUUGAGCUUUUACAGCGCGAAUGCCAUGUGAAAAAGCCACUUAGAGUUGUUCCACUCUUUGAGAAGCUAGCUGAUCUUGAAGCAGCUCCUGCCGCUGUUGCAAGACUGUUUUCUUUAGACUGGUACAAAAACCGUAUCAACGGGAAACAAGAAGUUAUGAUUGGUUACUCAGAUUCAGGAAAAGACGCUGGGCGUCUCUCAGCUGCUUGGGAACUAUACAAAGCUCAAGAAGAGCUUGUGAAGGUUGCUAAGAAAUAUGGAGUGAAGCUAACUAUGUUCCAUGGGCGUGGCGGCACAGUUGGAAGAGGAGGUGGUCCCACUCAUCUUGCUAUAUUGUCUCAGCCACCGGAUACUGUUAAUGGCUCACUCCGAGUCACGGUUCAGGGUGAAGUCAUUGAGCAAUCAUUUGGAGAGGCACACUUAUGCUUUAGAACACUUCAGCGUUUCACAGCUGCUACUCUUGAGCAUGGAAUGAACCCUCCAAUUUCACCAAAACCCGAGUGGCGCGCUUUGCUGGAUGAAAUGGCGGUUGUUGCAACUGAGGAAUACCGAUCUGUCGUUUUCCAAGAACCUCGAUUUGUGGAGUACUUCCGCCUCGCUACACCAGAGCUGGAGUAUGGACGUAUGAACAUCGGAAGCAGACCUUCAAAGCGAAAACCGAGCGGUGGGAUCGAAUCUCUCCGUGCAAUCCCAUGGAUCUUUGCUUGGACACAAACAAGAUUCCAUCUUCCUGUAUGGUUAGGAUUCGGAGCAGCUUUCAGGUUUGCAAUCAAGAAGGAUGUGAGGAACCUCCACAUGCUGCAAGAUAUGUACAAACAGUGGCCGUUUUUCCGAGUCACCAUCGAUCUUAUUGAAAUGGUGUUCGCCAAGGGAGACCCCGGGAUCGCUGCUUUGUACGACAAACUUCUCGUCUCAGAAGAUUUAUGGGCCUUUGGAGAGAAACUCAGAACCAACUUUGAAGAAACCAAGAACCUCGUCCUUCAGACUGCUGGACACAAAGACCUUCUUGAAGGAGACCCUUACUUGAAACAGAGACUUAGACUUCGUGACUCUUACAUUACAACCCUCAAUGUUUGUCAAGCCUACACGUUGAAGAGGAUCCGUGAUCAAAACUACAAUGUGACUCUUCGACCACGCAUUUCCAAAGAGAUCAUGCAAUCAAGCAAAUCAGCACAAGAACUGGUCAAGCUUAACCCAACGAGUGAAUACGCGCCUGGUCUUGAGGACACACUCAUCUUAACCAUGAAGGGUAUUGCCGCUGGAUUGCAAAACACCGGUUAA